UGUGUAUUUAUGUGACAAGUCUUAACUCUUUAAAUUUCUUUUGUUUUAUAUAUUGAUAGGAAUGAAUCAGAGUUUAUUCAAGAUAUCAUUAAAUGGGUGGAUUCAAUAAUGGUAAAUCGUACAUUUCUUAAGGUUGCUAAGCAUCCAGUUGGAAUAGAGUCCCGCGUACGAGACAUUUUUCAACAUUUAAAUACGGGAAGGAAUGAUAUUAUAUGCACGAUAGGGAUAUUUGGAAUCGGUGGAAUUGGUAAGACAACUAUUUCAAAAGAGGUCUAUAACAAGAUUUCUUACCAAUUUGAAGGAAGUUGUUUCUUGAAAAACAUUAGAGAAACUUCAAAACUAGGAGGUCUGAUCCAGCUACAAAAGACACUUCUUUAUGAGACUUUGGGAAUAAGUUUGGAAUGUCAUGAUACUGAAAAAGGCAUCAAUGUAAUUAGGCAGAGACUUUGCUUUAAAAGAGUUCUCCUAAUUCUUGAUGAUGUGGAUGACUUGGUUCAACUAGAAACAUUGGCUGGCGCUCGUGAUUGGUUUGGUUCAGGAAGUAGAAUCAUCAUCACAACAAGAGAUCAACAUUUACUAAAUAUAUCUAAAGUUGAUUCAAAAUAUGAAGUAAAGAGAUUGGACCAUAAUGAAGCUCUUGAGCUCUUUAGUUGGCAUGCUUUUGAGGAAGACAAACCUAUUGAAGAUUAUGUGGAACUCUCUAAGCAAGUAAUGCAAUAUGCUGAGGGCCUUCCACUAGUUUUAACAGUGCUAGGCUCGGAUUUAAGGGGUCAGAAUAUAAAUUAUUGGAGAAGUACAUUGGAUAAGUAUAAACGAAUUCCUAGCAAAAAUAUUCAAAAAGUACUUUGUAUAAGUUACGAUGGAUUGGAUGAUAAUGAGAAGGAGAUUUUCCUCGAUAUUGCCUUUUUUUUCAAUGGACAAUACCUGGAUCAUGUCGUUAAAAUAUUAGAUAGCUGUGGUUUCUCUCCGGAGAAUGGUAUCAAAAGGCUUAUAGAUAAAUGUCUCAUUACAAUUACUACUUACAAUACAUUGUGGAUGCAUGACUUGCUACAAGACAUGGGAAGAGAAAUUGUCCGAAAGGAAUCACCCAAAGAACCAGGCGCACGUAGUAGAUUAUGGUUUCAUGAAGAUAUUCGCCAUGUACUAGAGGAAAAUACUGGAACAAACAAUGUUGAGGGGAUAGAAGUGAUUCUGCCUGAGGGCAAUGAUCAUGACAUGAUACGCUUGAGUCCCAAAUCAUUUGCAAAGAUGAAAAGACUCAGAUUUUUUAAAAGCCAUGGUGCAUACUUUUCUGGAAGAUCACUUGAUUAUCUUUCUAAUGAAUUAAGAGUGCUUGAUUGGUCAAACUGUCCUUUACAAUCUUUGCCAUCGAAUUUUCGUGGAGAGAAGCUCUUUGAUUUCAAACUAUAUAGAGGCCGCAUCCAGGAGAUUAGCGGGCAAUUUAAGAACUUGACGAGAAUGAAAUUUUUUGAGUGUAUUUUCUUAACCAAAAGGAAUUGGAUAAAGGAAUUGGAUAAGCUUGCUUGUGAUUCUGUUUAA